CCCGGCCCCCACUCGGCACUAGCCAGCAUCCGGUUCCGGUUCCCAGGCCGAAUUGGCGGCGAGCCCGCUCGGGCUGCCGAGGCCUGGCUGCCGGUGAGGACCUUGACCAAGAUGGACAGCCGUAUUCCUUAUGAUGACUACCCGGUGGUUUUCCUGCCUGCCUAUGAGAAUCCCCCAGCAUGGAUUCCUCCUCAUGAGAGAGUGUACCACCCAGACUACAACAAUGAGUUGACCCAGUUUCUGCCCCGAAUUGUCACACUGAAGAAGCCUCCUGGAGCUCAGUUGGGAUUUAACAUCCGAGGAGGAAAGGCUUCUCAGCUAGGCAUCUUCAUUUCCAAGGUGAUUCCUGACUCAGACGCACAUCGGGCAGGACUUCAAGAAGGGGACCAAGUUCUGGCUGUGAAUGAUGUUGAUUUCCAAGAUAUUGAGCACAGCAAGGCUGUUGAGAUCCUGAAGACAGCCCGUGAAAUCAGCAUGCGUGUGCGCUUCUUUCCCUACAAUUAUCAUCGCCAAAAAGAGAGGACUGUGCACUAGAGAGUUUCAGCUCACUAGACGGUUGCAACACGAGCUGGCUGGGCCCCAGGGAAGCCACUUGGGAAAUUCUUUUCUCAGUCCCUUCCUGACAUAUUGGGUGGGGAAGAUGCAGAGACAUAAUAGCCAACUGCAUUACCCAAACUGUACUGUCUUUUCAGUUCCCUGGUUUUCUAGAUGAGCUUCAUUCCCUGAAAGGAGAAGAAUCAUGAGGGCUGGGAUAAGCCUAGCCCGUAGAGAACCCAGCUAGAAAAGGAAACUGACAUUUACUAGGUACCAUAGGCUAGGUGCUUACCCAGGUUAACAUUUUGAUUGUAGAAAUCAGUAGGAAAAAAAGAAAGGAAUGUUGUGUCUGAUUUGCCAGCCAUCUCAUCCCAUCCUUAUAUUACUGGAAGUUUCAUAUAUACUUUGGGGACUCCAAUGACACACUAUUUUUGCCCCUUCUCUAUCCUCUCCCCUCGAAAGUUAAACACAAUACUGAAGAAGUAUUGUGACUUUUGAAUGGUAAUGAUUGGACAUAAAAUGCUCUUGAGACAAGAAAAAGCUUUUUCAAAGAGAGAAGUCAGUGGAAAAAAACAGCAGCAUCUAUGCCUGUUACAAUUUGUGUCAGAUGUGCCCCCCCGCCAAACCCUCAUGUAGUAUGGGCUUUUUCACAGGUGGUUGAAUCUAGAGUAUGUGAUGCUGGGAUUAAGGGUAUGUAAUUAGUAAAUCAGCCCACUGAUUGGUUUGGCAUAGUUCUGGCUAGGGUUAAGGGGAUGAGUACUAUACUGCCCUAUGGCGGGUAGCCUGUAUACAAUAUAAGGGACAGAAAGAGGCUUGUCCUUCCCUUGUUGCUUUGCUACCCUCUGGCUACCAUGAAAAGCUCCCUCUCAUUACUUUUGCUACCUUCUGCCACCAUGAACUGUUGCCUCUCUACCAUUUGCCACCCUGUCUUUUGAAGCCAGCCAAUUAUGGACUGGAACCUCUAUAAACUGAGCUAAAUAAACCUUUCCUGCCUUUAA